AUGUCGAAUUAUUCGAACACCACGGCCCUCCCCUCUCCCCACUGGGGCCCCCCACCCAUCCUCAUGACCCUCAUCAACGCCGCCGCGCUGCUCGCCAAUCUCUCCACCCUACUCCUCUUCCUCCGCCUGCGCCUAACCAGCUUCGACGUCUUUCUCGCCAACCUCCUGCUGGUCAACCUCCUGUACCUCGUCAGCGCCUGUCCCCUGGACACCCUCCACUCCCUGUACGACCCGCACUGGCCGCUGUCCGACGCCCUAUGCACCGUGUACCUCUACAGCCUGUGGCUCUUCCAGUACCUCCAAGUCCACGCCCACGUCCUCAUCUCCGUGACGCGGGUGUGGGCCGUCCGCGCCCCGGUGGCCUACCGCCGACACGCCACCGUCCCGCGGGCGGUGGGGCUGUGUGCCGCCGCUUGGUGCCUGGCGCACAUCCUGACGUUACCGGGGAUUCUGCGGGAUGCGCUGGUAUUCCGGCGGCCGCUGGAGCACUUUGGGUGCCAGGUGAAUGUGGACACGGCGGUGGCGUCGCAGCGGUACUGGUUGCUGUUCCUGCAGGUGCAGGCUACCGCCUGCGAGGCGGUGGUCAUGGUGUCGUACUGGUUGAUCUGGUAUACGCGGCGGCAACGGCGGAAAAUCCGGCCGCGGAGGAGUGUGUGGUCGCAUAGCUCCCGGGACACGGGGAAUGUGGAGCUGGAGACAACACCCUCAGGAAACGAGAAAGCUGUCGCCGAUGGCUCUACACUGCCUCCCAAGAAAAUGAGCUGUCCGGUGUCCAACGGACCGUCCUCGCCCGGGCGCACUUUACAGGAGAGAAAGGCCUCCGCUUCCGGUGGUCCCUCCGGAUUCUGCCUGAUGACGCUGUUAACCGGGAGUUUGUUUGUCUGUUGGACACCCAAUAUUGUCUACUUCCUUAUCAUUUCCUUCGUCGGCGACGGGAUCUACGACCUGAUGAUGGCUAACGCCGUCACCGUCCUCUUCAACGUGCAGACGCUCAUGGACCCCUUCCUCUUCACACUGGCACUGUCGCAUCUCCGCACCCUUCUCUGUCCUUGA